AUGCGGCCCAUGGCCAAAGAACAGCCCUCAAACGCCGGUUGUCCCUUGCAGAACUGUGACUUCAAGAACACCAACGGCAACUGGACAUGCUGCCAAUGCGGCUCCCCAAAUACAACCGGGUGGUGUGGCGGCAUGCUGCCGAGCCCGCGAUGGGAGAGAAAUGCCCUUACCAACAAGUGGCACACCUGCUCCCGGCUCUGCUCCCGAAAGCUCCAGGAAGAAGAGAAAAGAUUCCAGAUGACGGAUGGCAAGGAAAUCCAAGGAGAGACACAGUCGGCACCAGGUGAUGGACGCGAUUUUGGUAAGAUCCUGAACAGGGCAAUGAACAGGGCAUCUGGACGCCUCAUAGCGCUUCUCCAGGAGGAGCUGGAGAGGUUAAGCAGCGAGAACGAACUCAUCGAGGAUAUCGAAGAGACGGAUGAGGCACUAUCGAACCUCAAUCUCGACAAUAGGAAGUCCGGGUGCCGUCUCUGAGGAUGUCAAAACGACGUUUUCUGAAGAUGUCUGGUAGUACUCAGAAUCAGUUUCUUGCAUGGAAAUAGAGAAAGCAAGACGUAUAUUCUAUAUGUACCUAAGUAUCAAAUACUUCGCCCGUGGGCAUCA